CAACAGAAAUAACCACGUUGCGCGUGUGCGAGGCAGGAAGUUAUGCUGUCUACGCAACUGAUAAAAACCAGCACUUUAACCUUGAAUGAAAAACAUGCGUAAGACGGCGAUCUGAAAAGCAUGUCAGCUGUCAGCCUAGCGGUGAAAGAGCGGCGAGCGUCGCAUCUUAAACGGGGGAGCGGGCUGAACGUGCAGUCGUCGCAUUACGCGGUAACAAACUCUCCGGAUCAAUCUGAGAAGGCAGACGUGAGAUGGAGCCGGGAGACGCGUCAGCUCACACCGCUGGAUGACUGCGAGCGGCUCGGGACGCUGUUCGGACAGGUGAAUAAGUGCCUGCGGGGGGUGGGCUUCUGCCAGCUGUACUUCGGGGACAAGAUCGUGGAGCCCGUGGUGGUGGUCCUCUUCUGGGUGAUGCUGUGGUUCCUCGGCAUCCAGGCUCUGGGCCUGGUUGGAGCUCUGUGCAUCGUCAUCAUCUACAUCCAGAAGUGAUGCCUCGUUGGUUGGUGGGCUGUGCUCCUUCCAUCAGCCGCAGGUUCUUCACACUACCUGGCCUUCAGCAGACCAGUGGACACAUCAAAAGUGCCUUGCAUGGAGUUUUAUAUGACAUACUUAUGCACGGCGUUUGGUAGCAGUAAUAUUUUUCUUUUUGUAGUCAUUCAGAGCUUUUGAAAAUGUAUUUUUUUUAACUUAUUGUUACAUCCCGGUCUAGGGUCAAGGAGUAAACGGGGAGGACAACGGGGAAUGGGGAGGGAGAAAAGAGAAAUGACUCACAGACUAGUUAUAGUUAAGAUCGGAUAUAUUUGAAGUAUAUUUUGAUAUAGUGAGAUAAAUGUGAAACACCAGGGUGACCUUCAGGAGCAGCAAAGGCCACAAUAAUAAGCAAAACGAGUGAAAUACCUACGUGAGCACCAGCUAAGGCUUCCAUAAACAAAAAGAAAAGAAAACAAAAGACAAUAGCUACCCUUAUUAACCACAAAACAGAGACAAACGAUUGACAUGCAAAAAUAAGGGGCAGCCACUCCCUACAAGCCUUACACAGAAAUAUAUACAGAUUAUUUACAAAGAAUACACAGGGCAACCAAGUCCAAAUCGAAAUGCAAACAGGGUAGUCAUUAGCCAAACACUGGGCCUGAAAGACAUACACAUCAUAACGCGGAAAAACCAAAGUCAAAUCGAAAUCCGAAAGAGGAAUCACAGAGAGACAAAACAAGAUCGUUAUACACAGGAAAUCAAAUACAAGAAGUGCAAGGAACAAAGAGCAAAGGCAGCAAAAGCUGUUAAAUGGGGUUGCGGGUCUUGUUUUACAGUGCUAUAUCAGAUGAGAGGCAGGAUAGAGAAACGAAGUGAAGAAACCAGUUUGUGCAGUUUUGGCACUGCGUUUGGAGGGAGGGAUGGAAGACCUGGAAGCGGAUCAGCUGGACGGCAGAAUCGAAACGGAUCUAAAGGGAAAUGGAGAGACAUACACACCCACAUAUAUGGACGUAACAAUAUGCAUCUUUGUAAGAUUGAAAAAUUACAAAACUGACUGAUAGUGAAACCACAGUGUAGGAAGUACUCUGCUGGGUAAAUGAAACCUUAGACACUUCAGCACUUCUUGUCAGUAUUAGAGACCUGAUUGAAUGACUCUUACACAGUCUGCUAAGAACUAUGACUUCAUUGUUUUUCAGCAUGCAACAGAUCUUCAACCCAGAUACAGUUUACAUGUCUGCAAGUUUAGACUCGAGUUAACCUGGGCACUUUACUACGGUAAUCCUUACCAGGCUUUGUUUACUAUACUGUAUGCAUCACAGUUUAAUUUCUCUUUUAAAAAUCUCUUUAAUGACUUUAAUCUCUUUGACUUGUUGUGGGCUCUUUGUGAUUCUUCUUGAGAGCUUUGGUGCAACACUGGCAUGAAAGUGAAACCUAUUUAAUGGUUUCAUAGCUGAAGGGAAGGCUUAACUGAAAACGGCCAUUUGCACUUCUGCUGCCCCAAUGGAUGAAUAUAUGUCCCAGAUCUAGGUGAGCUAAUGGGCCAGUGUGCUUGCUUGUACGGAUUUGUUUUACAUCACUGUGAUUUUAUUUCAGAAGUGUCACAGCCCAUGGUUAUGAAUGCAAGGACGUUUAGACUCAUCUGAGUUGUACCUUUUGGCUGUAAGUUUUACGACAUCUACUCAUCUCCUCUUUGGAGAUGUUCAGACUCACGCUUGCCUUUUUAACAUCAUAUCUCACUUUUGCAGCCUUCUGUUUCUGGAAAUGGGCAUGGUGCCUCAAAAAGAUUGUGGAAUUUAAGUUUCUUACUCAGGACCCUGUACUGGAAAAGUGACUAGAAGAUUGUUGAAUGUUUAGUCCUCUGAGGGGAACAUGGUGGCUUAACACUGUAGCCUCAUACCUCCAGGGUUAAAUGUCUCCACCUCCUUGUAUGGAGUUUGCAUGUUAUCCCUGUGUCUGCAUGAGUUUCCUCCAGUUUCUUUCCGCGAUCCAAAAACAUGCACUUUGAUGAAUUGGUGUCUGUAAAUUGACGUGUGUGUGUGUGUGCGCGUGUGUGCGUGUGCGUGUGUGUGUGUGUGUGUGUGUGUGUGUGUGUGUGUGUGUGUGUGUGUGUGUGUGUGCGCGCGCCUGGAAAUGGAUUUGCAUGCAGUCCAGACUCAGGCUCGGUGGAUAAUUAGCUCUUUUUAAUUCGAGUUAUAAUUUUUUUUACUUUAAUGUUCCAUUUUGGCUAAAGAUUCUAUUAGAAUUGUUCUUAAGCAGAUUCGGAACAUGAAAAAUGGUGAUAAGUUGAAUGGACUGCAAACUGAAAUCUAAUUUUAAUAAAUAAAUCAUAUAAUAAUA